AGGCGCAUCAGGGACAGUACAGCAGUCAGACUCUCACCUCUCGGGGUCUUUCAUGUUUGCCAGCAUCCUGCCGACAGGGACCCGAGCUGAGGAUGGGGCAGCAGGUGCGGAGCUCCGUCUCCUCCCGGUGCCUGGUGCUCAUCUUCAUCCUCAGCGCUCACACAUCCCCAGCCUCGGCCAGGGCAGAGCUGCGGCCGUGCGACAAGACGGACUACUACUACCAGUACACGGAGUGUGACAGCACAGGGUCACGAUGGAGAGUCGCAAUCCCGCUCAGUCCAGGCUCCUGCUCAGAUCUUCCCCCGCCAACCAGAGGAACGGACUGCUCGUUCUCCUGUCCAUCUGGGAUGUUUUUGGAGAUGUCCAUGCAGCAGUGCACGCCGUGUGCAGCCGGUUCCUACUCUCUGGGCAGCGGCCUGCGCUUCGACCAAUGGGACGCCAUCCCCGCAGGCUUCACCAGCCUGGCCAGCUUCCUGGACCCGGGGCCCAACGGAGAAGACAUGCAGUCCUGUAACAGCUCGUCAUGGACGCCGCAGGGUGUGUACCUGGAGUCGAAUCGUGACGAGUGCACAGUGUCUCUGGUUUAUGCCGUCCACCUGGAGAAACAGGGAUCGGUCUCCUUCACCUACCAGUACCCUGACAAUAACAUCUUCUUUGAGUUCUACGUCCAGAAUGAGCAGUGCCAGGAAAUGGCCCAGACUGAUGAUCAGAAGUGGAUUAAAGUUACCAACAACGGAGAAUGGGACACGCACACAGUGAGCCUGAAGUCUGGUACGAACAUCCUGUACUGGAGAACGACUGGGAUUCUAGUGGGAGGGAAGAUGGUCAAGCCCGUGCUGCUGAAGAACAUCCAGAUAGAGGGUGUCGCCUACACAUCUGAGUGUUUUCCAUGCCGGCCCGGUUGGUUCAGCCCGAUGCCCGGCUCCUCGUCCUGCCAGUCAUGCCCCAGUAACACUUACUCCGUGAAGGGGGCGUCUUCCUGCACAGCCUGCCCUGAACACCUCUACUCACAUGAGGGGUGGGCAGAAUGUCGAGUCAGGCCACCGUGCUCAGAGAGGGAUUACUUCCAGAUCCACACAGCCUGCGACAGCGAGGGGAAGACGCAGGUGCUGUAUCGUUGGGUGGAGCCGAAGAUCUGUGUGGAGAACGCCACAGGGGCCGUGAAGCUGCCCGCCACGGGGCGGAGAGAGCCCUGCCCUCCCUGCAACCCUGGCUUCUACAACAGCAACGACUCCACGUGUUUACCCUGCCCACCCGGCACCCACUCUGACGGCACCUAUGCAUGUGCUGAGUGCCCUGCAGGUACCGAGCCGGUGUUGGGUUACGAGUACAAAUGGUGGAAUGUGCUGCCCUCCAACAUGAAGACUUCUUGUUUCAACGUGGGUAAUUCAAAGUGUGAUGACAUGAACGGAUGGGAGGUUGCAGGGGACCACAUUCGCAGCGGAGCUGGCAGUUCGGAUAAUGACUAUCUCAUCCUCAGCUUGCGUGUUCCCGGCUUUAAGGUCCCCGCCUCACUCUCAGGGAUGACCGGGGGUGAGUUUGGCCGGAUAACCUUUGUGUUCGAGACCAUCUGCUCUGCCGACUGUGAGCUCUACUUCAUGAUGGUGUGUGUUGGUUUGGAGCAGAAGGACGUGAACAGGAAGAGCACCACGGUGGUGGAGGCCUGGGAGGGCAGUAAGGGGAAGCAGUCGUUUUCACACAGCAUGACCAGAAAUGCCUCUGUGACGUACACGUGGGCCUUUCAGAGGACCAACCACGCUCAAGAUGUCCGUCGUUACGUCAGCGACACGGUGAAGAUCUACUCCAUCAGCCUGACAAACGUUGUAGACGGGGUGGCGUCAGCCUGCCGGGCCUGCGCUCUGGUACCACAGAACUCCCAGCGGGCUGGCUCCUCCUGCGUUCCCUGCCCAGCCGGAUUUUACAUCGACAGAAACACCAACCGAUGCCAGGAGUGUCCCCCCGACACGCACCUGGCCGGGCGGCACACCUACGGCCAGGACGCCUGCAUCGCCUGUGGACCCGGGAGCAUCAGCAACAAGGAACAUUCGCGCUGCUACAGCGAUUGCUCUUUCACCUACACUGAGAACAACCGUACUCUGAUGUUUGACCUCAGUGCCAUGAGCACCGUGGCCUCGCUGACGAUCGGCCCCAGUUUCACCUCCAAAGGCACAAAGUACCUUCACAUGUUCAACAUCAGCCUGUGUGGCCACGAGGGGAAGAGAGCUGCCACGUGCACUGAUAACGUCACCGACGUGUCCAGCAAAGACGACCAAAGCGAUUUGGCUCAGUUUGUCAGCUCAGUGGACAGUUUCAUCUGCCAAUCAACCAUCAUCCCAGCGGAUGGGCGGGGUUUCAGAAUGGCCAUCUCCUCCCAGUCCAUCAGCCUGGCAGACACUUUUAUCGGAGCAACAGUGGAUGCUGUUCUCAACGGCGUGAACGCUGAAACAGAUCUUUUCCCAGAAAAUUCAAAAGAUGUCCCAGACAUCAAUUUCUUCUAUAGGUCGACGCAGAUCACGGCCUCAUGUGACCAGGGUCGGAGUUCAGUAGUUACAGUUCGCUGUAACCCAGAGAAGUCUGAACAAGGGGAACUCUCUGUCCCCGCCUCUUGUCCUGCAGGAACAUGUGAUGGGUGCACGUUUCACUUCCUGUGGGAGAGCGCCAGUGCCUGCCCUCGCUGCACCGAGGACGACUACCACCAGAUAGAUGAGGUGUGCAAGGGAGGCGUCCAGGAAACCUUUUACGUCUGGAAUGAGCCGAAGUUGUGCAUCAAGGGUGUGUUGCUACCUCCUCGAAGCUCUUCCGCCUGCGAGACCGUCGCUCUGUGGCUGAAAGUUGGGAUCGGAGGCGGCGCUUUCACGGCCAUGCUGCUCGUCUCCCUCACCUGCUAUUUCUGGAAGAAAAACAAGAGGCUGGAGUAUAAGUACUCUCGUCUGGUGAUGUCUGCCAACAAGGAGUGCGAGCUGCCAGCUGCAGACAGCUGUGGCCUGGCUGAAGGAGAGGAGCCGGAAGAUGAUGUGGUCUACACCCAGAAACCCUCCCUGCUGGGGAAACUGCGGGCCAUCGCCAACAAGCAUGAGGGCGGCGAGAGCAGCGAGUCUGUGCAGCUGAACUCUCAGUCGGAUCAGUGGGUCCUCGGAUAAGAGACAGUGAGUUUGAUCGUGGAAAAGCAGUGAUGGUGUCACUGUCUACGUCCCCAUGAGUCCCCGCACCCUUUUCAUUGUGGGGGGAACCACUGCAGAGCCCUAUUUUUCGAGGACACUUUGGACAGUGGCUUUUACUCCUUAACCUUCAAAGAACACACCCCAGAUUUUAAGCCAUGGAUAAGUGGCAGUAACUGAAAGAGAAACGGACUUGAAUGUUUUGUUUUUUUAUUUGUUUUGGUUUGUUCUUUUUUUUGUAUGUUUUGUAUUUUAUUUGCUAUUUUCUGUUCAGUCGUGUAUUUAUAUCAAUGUUAUGAUGAAGUACCUUUAUUAAACUCCUGCUUGACUUUGGGAUUUGUGGAUGCUUUUUCUGCCAACAGGUUUAUAAAAGUUUAUUAGGAG